AUGCGCAACCAGCCAUCUGUAUUUUCCACACACACCAACAUAAACCAACCUCCUAACUUUCCAACCACCACGAGAGGCCGAAUCCUACAACCUCAACCUCAGCCUAUUUCCCACUUUGAAUUCCGCGUUUUUGGUGAAAAGGUAGCAGCGUUGACAGAACCAAAACCCACCACACCUUCUUACGACCGUCACGACCGUCACGAAUUUUCUACGUCAAUACUACCCCAGCGCCAGCAGCAAGGCCUUGCUCGCCCAGCCUCUCCUCCAUCUACUCCAGAUCGCCGACUGACUGAUACCCCUUCAUCUCUACAUCGUCUGCGCAGAACCCCGCGCUUCUCAGUUUCACCUCGCCCUCAACCAGACCAGGCACCUCGGCUUGACGCGCAACAAACGCGUCAACCACCAAUUGGCCGAGUCACAGUCACUCUUGGCCCCCAAGGCCAAUACAUUCUUGCAGGCACUGAGCGACAAGAUCGAAAGCAACGACCGAAGCUACCGAGAAGGCAGCUCUCACAAGGGAAUCUAAGCAACGACUCUGAAGCAACAUCUACCCACUCUUCCUCUCCAUAUCACACAACUCAGUCCACUUCGGACCCGAAUAGACCAGAAACCCAUCCGGCUCUUCGAGUCUCGAAGCAAACUCACAGCGCCAUCUUAUAUGCCCUUGAGCAGACAUUACGUGGCCCUAAACAGAUCUCUGACGACCCUAUCGAGCUAUACGCCUCAAUGGCUGAUAUUUCAGGUGGCAGAGGCCCAGCAGCCUCGAACGGCAAUGGCGCUUCGCCAGCGAGACCUACAACGUCACGAGCUCCUAUUAGUUCCCCUUCUGGUAUUAGAGGGCCCCGCGUGAUUAUGCAAGAGAGAGCUGCACGUGAAGCUGCACGAGAGCGACAGCGCGAGGAACAAGAGCGGGAACGAAUGGAGAGAGAACAUGCCGCGACUGAGGCGCGCUUGCAGGAAGAGACAGAACUGAGAGAGGCAGAGCGAAAGGAGGCAGAACGUCGAGCUGCUAUUGCCGCUGCUGCUGGCGCUGGUCCAUAUGGAACCGGUGCUGAUUCUACCCCAAGACGGCCGGUCCAAGCAACUACUUCUGGUCGCGCGACAGACAACAGCGCACGCCAAACCGGUCAAUCCCGAGUGCCCAGCGCUACACAACCCCAAGCUGCACAGUCGGCGCGACAUGCACGAGCCAAUUCUGCUGCACAAGGGAUACCGCCCCCCUCGACUUCUGGACCUGGAGCAGGAGCAGGGGCUGGAACUGGAGCAGGCGACCCUUCAGGGGCUCAACAUCAGCUUCCCCCUCAGUUACCACCUCAGGCGGACGAAUACUCGCCAACCGCUAUUGGACGAGGCAGGAACUCUUUCCCUCACGCGUUCGAGCGAUGGGAAACCUUAUCAGCCCAUUGGGAAGGCCUCACUGGGUUCUGGAUCCGUAGAUUGGAGCAGAGCGCUAAAGAAAUUAGCCAGGAUCCCGUUUCCGCACAAUUAUCUCGCCAAGUUACCGAUCUCUCAUCUGCGGGCGCCAACUUAUUCCAUGCCGUAGUUGAGCUGCAACGCUUACGAGCUUCGUCAGAGCGAAAGUUCCAACGCUGGUUCUUCGAAACCCGCGCCGACCUUGAGCGUGCGCAUGAAACUACUGCCUUGCUGGAGGCUGCUCUGGAAGAGGAGCGUCGAACCCGAGUAGAUGCCAUCCGUGAAGCAGUUGAGCGUGAAAAGGGCACAUCCAAGAUGCAGAAGCAGAUCACUGAAUUGCGGAAGGAGUUGACAAUCUCCAAAGAGGAAGCUCGACGUGCGUGGGAAGAGCUUGGUCGACGCGAGCAGGAAGAGAGGGAUCGCACGAUGUCUUUGCAGCUAGGCCAACCUACCAUAGUCGGUGGCGUUCAAGUUGUCCCCAUGACUCAGGGGGUGGGUCGGGGUGGUAGUCAGCGAGACCCCCGAUCGUACGGCCAGUCUGAUUCCACAGAUUAUGCUCAAUCACCUACUUCCCCUUCUGCGGCUCGUCCUCAAUACUCUCAAGCACCUGCAGUCAAGCCAACGCCAGCUUCUACCAGCACAAACCCGGUGCACCACCAACAGAGCUAUGGCUCCGAAGCCACGUACAGCGAAGGUCAGAGAAUGCCAACCACCAACCCCAACCGCACUCCUUAUACAAAAGGUUCUAAUGUUGCAGCAGAGGAUUACGACGCGCCCCCGCCCACUACACAACCAACCGUCUAUCAGCCAACCGGCGCCGGCGUUCAACAGCCACAGUACUCAUCAGCUCCGGACUACAGCGGUGCGGGAUACUCGGCGCCCUGGGAUGAGAUGGGCCCUCGCCACCACCACCCAACACGCCUUAGUGAUGUGCUCGAGGAGGAGGAAGAACGAAGCCGAACGAGUGCAAGUCAGAUCAGCCGACAUUAAAAAUAAUGGCGAACCAACUUUCUCGGCCUUCCCAACGAGCGAGCUCACAUGAUCAAGCCUAGGCACGACUAAAAGAGCAAGUUGCGGCAUUGGAUUCUGUGAGGUCUAGCAAGUGGGGAAGGAGAAAAUCCAGAAAUUGAUUCCCGGCACUUCG